UUCACUGGUCAUUGAGUGAGAUUGACGGCGGUGAGGGCGCCCUUGGGGCUAUCGGCCCCUGGACCUGCAAAGAUACGGUUGAGCGAGUCGAACCAAUAAAUGGGUCGAUUGUGGGCGAGGUGGAGCAAGGCAAAUCGUUGAGGCAAGUAACUGGCCCGCCAUCUCAUGACAAACUCUGCGCAGUUAGAGCCAGGGUCCCUGCGAAGUUGGCGUUUAAGCCAUAUCUCAACAACUGCUUGACCAAUCCAGAAUGCUGCGAUUCCCACCACAGCAUCUCCGUCAUGUUCUGGUUUAUCAUGAAGGGGAACGAAACUCGGCCUCAGUUAUCUCCCCUCCACCUGUUUCGGUCCCCGUCCCUGGUCUGUACGGUACAGAACGGUAACUUUAUCGUGACGUACUUGCACGGGGAUACCGCGUGGGCUGUCGAUGAGACGCUAAUGCACAGUGGAUGGACCCACGUCACUAUAACGUUUGACCUCCUGAGCAAUCUUACAGUUUACUUCAAUGGUGCCGAAGUGGCUGAAGCAAUCCCGACGUCAUCUUCGACACAAUUCGAUGACGUCAUAAAAGGUUUCCAGACGGACAACACGUCCUUCUGGAUUCUCUCUUCAGAAGAGAAUGUAACGUCAUCAGAUAUUCCUCCAAUAGCAAUGACAGAUUUGAAGGUAUUUUACUCAGCCUUGUCUGCAUCUCAAACUCGUGACAUCUUCCGAAGUGAACAUGAAGAUACUUCGCCCCGGGUCCUGCGAAUGGCAGCGAGGAAGUUUACCUUCAUGGACUCCGUGGAAACAGACGUACAGGUUACCCACAUCAAGCUGUCCUGCCUGAUUCGAGGACCAUCCGAAGUCAAUGUCCGGUUCAUGUAUGAAAGCGACCACGGGUAUUUUGCCGAGGUUACCUCGAACGAGUUCUAUAUGCUGUCGUUCAGCCAAGAAGAGAAUGACCACCGCGUGAUAGCCGUCUUACAUAUUUACGGCAAAAAGGACGGUAAUGCUGGAUACCUGCCUUCCCGGUUCACCUGCGAAGUGGUAUCCGAUAAUCCUCUCAGCGCCUACGGAUAUCCGGUUAUAGAAACACCCGCUCCUACCGAUCUGGAUGACAGCAACACGUACUAUUGGACUAGAUUUUUCAACGCCGACACUGAUAUUAUUGGAGCCGAAGUUGAGACAAUAGAAGCUCAUCGUGAUUUGGCUGAGAACAACGAAGAAUACGAUAUCUGCAGAAAUCCAAUAUACGCUGAAUGCAGGGCAACCCUUUUUCCAUCCCUCAAUUCUUAUCAACCGUGGUAUGAAUCAUCGGUUACAUUUGUACCGGAUUCGGAUUAUCCGUGUAACGAGAAAGGUAUCCGCUGCACCAGAGGAUAUUUCAGUCAGAACGUUCAAAAGUGUCCAGAUCUCAAGGUCCGCUAUGUAUGUCCCGUUAUCGAAUCUCCUGCAGAUGAAGUGCCUUCCACUAGUACCAGCACGACUGGUGCUACUCCCAGCAAUAAUGCGAACAAGAACACGGAUGGUAGUCAGACCACUACCAGGGGUGGCGGUGUCGUAAAGGUCACUGACUUCCAAGCUACGGCAUCGUCCUCAACAACUAAUAAUGCUGUCGAUGGCGAGAAAGACCAGGGUGGUGACGAUGUGACAACAACCAGAAUGGGUCAUGACGCUACGACAAGCUCGGAUGAAAGAAGUGUUGUUUCAACUUCUGGAAGUAGUGUUGCUUCAACUACUGGAAGCAUAUCGUCGCCGGCCAGCACGAGUAUCUCUUCCACUCGCCCCAGGGAGACGUCAUCGGGCACCAUACUCAACUCCAGGGACCCCGAUGACACUACUGUUAUCAGUGACAAGCAAUCCCAAUACACCAGCACCAGCAAGCCAUCGGAAGGUGUUAGCACUACACCCGAUGUCACACAACCUAACCGUGUCGAUACGGAGUCAUCACGUGAUGAAACCAGUCAACAUGUUGUUGAAGAAACCACGGUUGACAACGAUCCGAGUAGCACUGAUUCUAACACCGACGAGACUUCAACCAAUACCGAUCAGGGCGACAGUUCUAUCAAGGAUACCCAAGGCAACAAUGACUCGGACAAAUCAACAGGAAACAGGAAAACAUUAUCUAAAGACAAUAAACUUUUCUUGUACCCCGUGAUGAUCGUGGCGCUUGGGAUCGGAAUACCAACCAUCACGGCUUGCUAUUAUCUUUGCCGAAAGCAAACUCCCGAAGAGAUAGAGGAGAAGAGACUUAUUGAGGAAAGGAAGCAAAGACUCGCUAAUGAACAAAAAUCGGCGGCCAGACCAUAGACAAAAAGGAGCCUUU